AUGCGCGGUGUCAAAGUCUUCUCCGGUAGAUCUCAUCCCGCCCUUGUCGAAUCCAUCUGUCAACGACUGGGCUCUUCCCCUGCCAAAUGCGACCUGGGCAACUUCGCCAAUGGAGAGAUCAGUGUUCAAAUCGGCACCUCAGUGAGAAACGAAGACGUCUUCAUCGUCCAGAGUGGCAGUCCCAGCAUCAAUGACAGUGUCAUGGAAAUGCUCAUCAUGAUUGCUGCGUGCAAGGGCGGCUCAGCCAAAUCUAUCACUGCGGUCAUGCCGUACUUUCCCUACUCCCGCCAAUCCAAGAAAAAGAGCCACCGGGGGGCCAUCACGGCAAAAAUGCUCGCCAAUCUCAUAGUCGUGGCCGGCGUCGACCAUGUCAUCACGGUUGAUUUACAUGCAUCACCAAUGCAAGGUUUCUUUGGGAAGCCUGUCGAUAACCUGUAUUCAGAACCAAUCAUUGCCCGAUGGAUCAGGGCCAAUGUGCCCCGUUGGAGGGACGCGGUCGUUGUGAGUAAGAAUGUGGGCGGCACCAAACGAGUCACCUCACUGGCCGAUGCUCUCAAGCUGAGCUUCGCGUUGGUGUCUACUGAUCGAGACCGGUCUCGGCCUUCACACCACCAGAACAGCAUGAUGGACAGUACUAUCUUCUUCGAUGCUAUAGAGCCUCAAUCUCUCCGCGUCCGACAGGGUCUCUGCGACGAGGAUGAUGGAGAUGAAGCUGACCUAGAGCCCGAAAACCCCCUCGACUGGGAUCGUCGAACCGAACUUCCUCACCGCACGAAGGGCUCCACAGUGAAUGUCGUGGGCCGUCCGGCCAUACCAAAAGCUAUUACAAUCGCAUCGAGCCCCCUUGUCCAGACAGCAGUGGUGGAGCCAUCAUCCCCCUCAGAAUCUCCUGGUCGACUGAGCCGCGCUGAGACGGUUCCGAGCGCCCGUCGACCCUCUGAAUACGAAGCCAGCGAAGCCCACAAUGAUGAGAGAGCACGCGAUGUAAUCGUGGGCCGAUUAAUCCAGGGCCAUUUGGUAAACGAAGACCACCCCCCUCCGGCGGCAGGCUCCGGCGUUUCCACCUCCUUCUCCGGCUUUCCCGGCGAUCGCAUCCUGCAAGAUGCGUUGGGAAAUCCCGCGUAUGAUCCAAUGACCUCUUCCUUCAUGUCCAACGCGUCAUCCUUUCAACCCGAACAUGCCCUUGGUGGUACUUUCGACGCUGCUGCAACUUCAGAUGAAGAAGAGCAGGGUAUCCAAAACCCCGACCUUGAACACACCAUCACCCUUGUGGGAAACGUCAAGGAUAGGACGGUUCUUUUGAUGGAUGACAUUCUUGAUAGAUCCGGUUCUUGGAUCGCUGCUGCGGAGACCUGUGUUAAGAUUGGUCAUGCCAAAAAAGUGUAUUGCAUAGCCACCCACGCGCUAUUUGGCGAAGACUCCUUGGAAGAUUUGGAAGACUGCGAUUGCAUCGACUAUAUCGUCGUGACAAAUACCUUCCCUGUCGCGCCGGAGCGAGUACGGGCGUCUAAGAAGCUGAUCAUGAUCGACCUCUCAAAUCUCCUGGCUGAAGCAAUCCGACGCAACCAUCACGGAGGUAAGAGCAAGCCAAUUGCUUGGAGAGUCCUUGGCUAA